CCAGACGUCUCUGGAGUCUGGACUCAGAACUUGGCCGUUCACCUCCUUCAGCGGGAGCGUGACCUCAACAGAGUACUGGGAGUGGGAGUCAAGGAGCAACCGAACCAAGAGCAAUGGAGGCGGCGGGGAAGAGCGUGUGCGUGACCGGCGCGGGCGGCUUCAUCGCGUCGUGGCUCGUGAAGGUCCUCCUCUCCCGGGGCUACUACUCUGUGCGCGGCACCGUGCGCGACCCAGGUGCUAGCAAGAAUGCUCAUCUCAAGGCGUUGGACGGUGCUGGGGAAAGGUUGCAGCUUCUCAAAGCUGAUUUGUUGGACUACAACAGCGUUGCAUCAGCGGUUGCUGGUUGUGAGGGUGUCUUCCAUGUAGCUAGCCCUGUUCCCUUUGGUCGAUCCUCCAACCCCGAGGUGGAAGUCAUAGGUCCUGCUGUCACAGGUACUGCCAAUGUGUUAAAGGCUUCUUAUGAGGCAAAAGUUGGUAGAGUUGUGGUGGUGUCUUCUAUUGCAGCUGUGUCCAAUAAUCCUAACUGGCCUAAGGGCAAGGCUUUUGAUGAAGAUAGCUGGUCAGAUGAGGAGUACUGCAGGAAGAAUGAGGAUUGGUAUAACCUCUCCAAAACUCUGGCAGAAUGCGAGGCCUUUGCUUAUGCAGAAAAAACGGGGCUAGAUGUUGUAACUAUUUGCCCGUCAUUGGUACUUGGACCCUUGAUGCAGUCUACAGUAAAUGCAAGCAGUAAAGUCCUUAAUUAUUUCAAAGGGGAUCAUGACACCGUUGAAAAUAGACUCAGAAAUAUUGUGGAUGUUCGCGAUGUUACUGAUGCUCUUCUUCUGGCAUAUGAAAAACCAGAGGCAUCUGGACGAUACAUCUGCAGUUCACAUCCAAUAAAAGUUUCUGAUAUGAUGAACAUAUUGAAGAACUUAUAUCCAACUUACACUUAUCCCAAAAACUUUGUGGAAGUGGAAGGGAAUUUUGUAGACAAUUCGGAGAAACUUCAAAAGCUAGGAUGGACCUUCAGGCCAAUAGAGGAAACCCUUCGUGAUUGCGUUGAAUCCUACAAAGGAUUUGGCUUACUAAAUUGAGCAUCCAAGUGGGGCUGUUCUCAUCUGUUGUUAACUCCAAACUCUUGGUAAAUAAUGAAAUUUAGCGACAGUGAAUAAGCAGGUCCAACAGCUCAAUCCCUCUCUGAUUCAUGUAAGCAGUGAACAGAACGUUUUUGUUGUAACGGAUUGAAUAAUCAUGAGGGAAAGCAAUGUGUUUUUCAGCCUGUUU